UUCCCACGUGUUGAUCUGUCACAGAUGUCACUAUGUCACAGAUGUCACUAUUGUCUGUCAAAAUCUAGACUGGCUUGACUCCGUCAGUUGUCAAAGUUGCUCUUUUCCGAUACGAUUCCGCAAUGGGUAUCAGUAGGGAUCAUUGGCAUAAAAGGAGGGCCACUGGUGGCAAGAGGAAGCCCCUCCGUAAGAAGAGGAAGUUCGAAUUAGGUCGUCCCGCGGCCAACACAAAACUCGGAGCUCGCAGAGUACAUUAUGUACGUACCAGGGGUGGAAACUUGAAAUACAGAGCCCUACGUUUGGACACCGGUAACUUUGCAUGGGGUAGCGAAGGAACCGCGAGGAAAACCCGUAUUAUUGAUGUAGUUUACAAUGCUAGCAACAAUGAAUUGGUUCGUACCAAAACUUUGGUAAAGAAUGCUAUUGUUGUGGUUGAUGCUACCCCAUUCAGGCAAUGGUACGAAAACCAUUACAUUUUACCUUUAGGACGUAAGAAGGGAGCUAAGUUGACUGCAGAAGAAGAAGCCCUUUUAAACAAAAAGAGGAGUAAGAAGGUCCAAAAGAAAUAUGAAAACAGGCAAAAAUUGGCAAAGGUUGAACCUGCCAUUGAAGAACAGUUCCAGACUGGUAGAUUAUUAGCCUGUUUGGCUUCAAGGCCUGGACAAUGCGGCAGAGCUGAUGGUUAUAUCUUAGAAGGUAAAGAGUUGGAGUUCUACAUGAGGAAGAUUAAGUCUAAGAAAGCAAAGUAAUCUAAUGUAAAUAAGUACAAAUAUAUGUUUGUACUGUA